AUGAAGAAUACCAUUCCGGACACUCGGGCCGAUGAGUUGGCCGCAAAGGAAGUAAGGGAGAAAGACUUGUUCGAAGCUUUAGAUGAGGCUCUGAGUUGCGAAAAGUGCCAAAUUGCGGUCGCCAAAGACACCAUGGCCAUUGAUAUCGAUAGUGGCACUUACAACGUGAAGCACUACCCGCCUUUCUUCCAGAGUAAUGUGAUAAGCCAAGAAAGUAUCUCCCCCUAUGACAACACCAUAAAAUGCGACGAUCAAACAUAUUGGAAGCAUAUAACUUCAUCCCAACGAGAAAGAUACUACGAGAUUGUCGAGCGGAACCUGAACGAGGUACUCAACCAGACUAAGGAAAUUGACCCCGAGACGGCGCUCCUCUUUGCCCAUUAUCAAUUGGACUACCAUGUUCGUCAACACCAUCUGGCCCGACGGGGCGUUCUGACCUUCUGUCGUGAUAACGCCGACUUGCAACAGCUCCGCAGAUGGCAAUGGAAAAUGUCCCGCAUCGACUCAGCCGCUUCAUCGAAGCCAGCGAAGGUUGAACUUGCCGGCGCGAGACAGUGGGGCUGGCCAAGUGACCAGAAUCUCGAAAUGACCCACCAACACAUCAUGUGGAAGCGUUUGUCACGGAAUCGACUGAAGCGAGUCAGAGAGGUUAGGGCUCGAUGGGCUAUCAUUAUGGAAGAAAGACGCCAGCAGCGAGAACUCCUUUUGCUCAAGCAGGGAGCUACACUGACUGUACGGUUGUACUGUCGCGGACAGUUGUGGGAUAUCCGAACCCUGAAGAAUGUUGUACACCCUGUGCUCACUGUUCCCAUCACCCCUAUCGUCCCGGAUGUACGAGCGGGGAGGGUUACCCGAAGCAUGGGACUCUGA